AUGCUCCGUCUGUGAAUUACUUCUACUCUUCCGUUUCUCGGCGUUUCUCGGCGCAAUUCUUGUUCUACUCAGUACCCUACUGUUUGGUUGCUAAGAAAAUUGCGGGAAAAAAGAGAAGAAAAUCCAUUUGGACCUAAAAAUUGUGCCUUUAUUAUUCAACUGAUUCAGCCAGGAGAAAAGGUGCUAAAUGAGGCAAGACCUUUUCUCUUAUAAACAGAUGUCCAUCAUAUUUGAAGGAGAAAGGACUAGUGGAAGAUCCUUUCAAAGAGGAGUUCUAUUGGCCGCAGAAAAUGGUAAUAGCUAAAGAGGCAGUGUGAUCUUCGAAGCCUUCUGACCUGCCUACAGAAGCUGUUGAUGGUACCCUUGAUUCUGCUUCAACAAUUUGGGUAAACAACAGUUACAACACACAACCAGAUUAAGAAGAGAAUAGAGAAUGCUGUUAAUCAAAUGUUUUCUGCAGCCAAGCUGAGAGUUUUGCAAAGGAGUGCCUUUAAUGAGAGAACAUUAUAUCAAAAAAGCCUGGAGUAGUUGCAAAGCUUGGAAGAAUUGGAUGCUGGUGGAUUUACAAAGCAGUUAAUGUUCUAAAAGAUUAUAAAAACACAAUUGUAUUCAUUACAAUAAAAGGACCUCGAUGUUUGAUGUGGUUGAGGUCUAUACAUCACUAUAUGGUAAGCAUAGUUAUCUGAAGCAAAGAAGUAAACAGGUCAUGUGAGUUUUCUUCGAUAGAGAACAAGCCAAAUUGUGCAACUAGAGAGACUUGGUUUCCUUGUGACCAGACAUCAGUAUUAAGAAAAGGACAAUUGUACUCGCACACAGUAACAAACAUACUUCUCCCAUCACAAGGAAAGUAAAGUUCUUUGCGAGUUCUCCAUCUCAAAACCCCCGCUCUCCCCUUGAAAUUUCUCACCUUUAUCUCUUCUUUGAUCUUUACCUAACAAAAUGAAUCGUCUUCUCUUCUGUACUAUUCCUAUCACUCUUCUUUCCCUCACUCUGCUCUCAGAGGUUCACCCAGCUUCUUUCAAGAUCGUAAACCGGUGCCGGAGCACAAUAUGGCCGGGGUUUCUUUCGGGUGCUAACAGCCCACAGCCGCCCACCACGGGGUUCGCUCUAGAACCCGGCAAAUCAAGAACUGUACCCAUACCCCGAUCCUGGUCCGGUCGGCUCUGGGGCCGGUCCCUCUGCUCCACAGAUUCAUCGGGUAAAUUUUCCUGCUUGAGUGGCGAUUGCGGGUCCGAGAAAGUGGAAUGUUCUGGAAGUGGCGCGAAACCACCCGCCACGCUGGCAGAGUUCACUCUAAACGGCGACAGAGGUUUGGAUUUCUACGAUGUAAGUCUCGUGGAUGGGUACAAUCUGCCUGUGCUGGUCUUCCCCAAGGGCGGCAAAGGCGCGGGAUGCGGCGCCACGGGGUGCUUGGUGGAGCUGAACGCGGCGUGUCCCGCCGACUUAAAAGCUGCGCGUGGGAAUGGUGGAGGGGGCGGCGUGGGGUGUAGAAGCGCGUGCGACGUCUUCGGGGACCCGCAGUAUUGCUGCACCGGGGCGUACGGUACGCCGGACGUCUGUCGCCCCUCCGCCUAUUCCCUCUUCUUCAAGCACGCUUGCCCCCGCGCGUACAGCUACGCUUACGACGACAAGACCAGCACUUACACGUGUGCGAACGCGAACUACGUUAUCAUAUUUUGCCCGCCACCUUACACCAGGUGAAGUUACAAACUGCCUUAACUAACUUCCACAGACUGUACUGUUAAUGUUGAGGGUAGUAUGGUCUUUUUAAUCGUUGCAUGAUUGGCCACGUCGGCACGUUCCAGAAAAUUCGGCGCAUUUUGUGGAUGAAGUGGAAUUAUAGUAUUAUUUAAUUGCCCACGUUGACUGUGGACUGACUAUUUUGAAAUCGUUGCAAUGCGGCCCCAUAUGCAUAGGGAUGUUAGAAAACUAUACGCAAUUGCUAUCUUAGGAUAUAAUAAGUUUUCGAGAUUAGCUUAUUAGGGCUUCUUUGUUGAUUAAAUAUAAUAUGGGUUAUUGAAAAUGGUCGGAAAUAAGAUUCUAUUAGGUCUGGAGUUUGCUUCUGGUCCAUACUAGAUUACUAGUGGUGGUUAAAGUUUCGAUUGUGAUCCCUGAAUUGCGUCAUUGUCAUUAUUAUGAUAUUCAACUGCAUUUGGUGAUUUAAUUAUACUUGUAGACAUGUCGCUACAUUCAUACGUUCAUUUGGAUUUGGAAUUUUGAUUUCAGUUUGUGUUUCCUGAUCCUGAAAGAGUUUAUGACCUAGUACUAGAAUUUUGUUGAGUUAAUUUAAUAUGAAAUUGAGUAUGGUUGCUUAAGUCCAAGUUAGAUGGCUGGAAAUUAUGUGAAUGAGAACCAUAUUUCCAUUGUUGAAAUAAGCAUCUCGCCUAGGCCUAGCCAUCACCUGAUGCUGGUGUGCUGUGCUGCCAUUUUCGGGGGAGAUUGAUGGAUGUUAUCAGUGGUUUCAUAGGUGUCUCAGGUUUUGAGAAACAUGCUGAAUUGUGAAUGUUAAUGCGUUGUGCUUGGAUUAUUUUAUGAAUAAAUGAUUCUUGUCUGU